CCUGAAGUCGAGAUCUGGGGCGUGGGACUCGGCAUGGACCCUUUUCACACAAUCUUAGCUUAGUUCGUCCUAGCUGCUGGCAGGGAAGCUCAAUUUCCUUUUUAGUCGAUGGCGAAUGGGCGCCGUCAUUGGUCCUGGGUGAAAUUGUCUCCGAACAGCUCCAAGUGGGGCCGAGGGCUAGAGCUCAGGUCUUUGCCAGUUGUCUGCAGCUGUGGUCCCUGCCUGGUCUUCCCAGUCGGCAAGGGAACACGAGAGCUUGUCUUGCACCUCACCCUUCCGAACCAGACGACGAAACGACGCAAUGGCUCGAAAACGCAGAGAAACGUCUCCGUCCAGCAUCAAGCUGAAGCAACCGGACCGAUCUGGGCCAACCGAACAGAGCCUCCUUCAGCUCGCCCAGGAGAGAGGCUUAUUCGACAUGGCUCAGCAGAUACAGGAAGCCAACCAAAGGAAGCCAUCCUCAUUGGCCACGGCUGUCGAAGACAGCGAGUCCGGGCUGUCACCGAGCGUCGAGAGGAUUCUCGACACAUUGCUCUGGACAGUCAGCUUGUCCAUGCUGCACUUCUCGCUCGACGUGCUGGUUCAGAGCCAGUACGCCGUCGAAAUAUCGUGGUGGCAGGUCUCUCAGCGUGCCGCCCAGGCAUUCCUAGUCUUCAGCAUGCUCUUCUACGUGCUACAUGCCCACCCUUCUAACCCGACCAUCCUCCCCGGCCUCGCUUCCCGCUUCCAACCUGCCUUUCGACAGGCAGUUUUCUUCGUCGCAGGCACAUGCGCCGGGUGUUAUCUUAUACACAUUAGCAACAGACAUGGAUAUUUGGCAGUCAUGAAGCAGUCUCCGCCCCUGGGCUGCAUUUGGGUCUGGUCGGUCAUCGAACUCAACUUGCCCCUGGCAGUCCUUAGCGUGGGGUCUGCGGCAUUGUUCCUGUGGCAGGGAGAGUAUGGUUUUAAGUAAUAAGCAGCGCGUGGUUCUCUGUCACCGCGACCUCCGUCUCACUGUUGGCGUGCUCAUCCUUCUGGACUCGUAGGGAGCUUUGGCGGCAUUGCCACUGCUGGCCUGAAAGACGUAAUCACUUGGCGGUUUUUGUGAUUUCGACAAUGCAGACGCUGCG